UCCUAGUGACACGCACGUUCAAUCAAGAACGCGACAUCGACGACAUGGCGACAUUCAAGCACGGAUCGGCGGCGGAACCGAUACCUGCCAGAGCCAGCAACGAUGACUUGGCCCCCAACAACCCCCUCCAAUCCGACCUCACGGCCGACGAUACGAGCAGCAUGGAUAGUGAUGAGGCCUACCUUGCGAAAAUUGGUUACAAGCAGUCUCUCCACCGCCAAUGGAAGCUCUUCGAAAGCUUUGCGGCUAGCUUUGCUGCCCUAUACGCCGUGGGUGGUGUCCGAACCACCUUUACCAUCGGAGUCGGCGCAGGAGGACCAGCUGCGUACUGGUCAAGCUACGUUGUGACCUGCUUCUUUGUCAUGAUUACAGCCGCAGUGCUCGCCGAAAUAUGCAGCGCUUUACCAGCCGCUGGUUCCAUCUACUUCUGGGCCGCUGAAAGUGGUGGCCGACGCUUUGGACGUUUGUUCGGCUUCAUUGUGGCAUGGUGGAGCACCACUGCUUGGACUACCUUUAUCGCCUCUGACUGUCAGGCUGCGGCAAACUUUCUCCUGUCAGAGAUCACAGUAUUUGGACUGGACUUCCCUACCGACACUUCCAACAUCAAGUUCCGCGCUGUCCAGUGGAUCGUCUCCGAAGUCAUUCUCUUUAUAGCCAUAGGCAUGAACUACCUCAGUCCAAAGACAUACAAGGCCGUCUUCCGAUUCGCAACUGGCUUGAUUUGUCUGGACUUCCUGCUCAACAUCAUCUGGCUGCCAAUAGCUGUAUCGAAGACUUACGGGUUUCAAGACGCCAAGUAUGUUUUCACACAUACAACCAACCAGACUGGAGCGCCACCCGUAUGGAACUGGAUGCUUUCGUACUUUGUUACUGCCGGUAUCUUGGUUGGCUUCGAAGCUUCUGGCCACAUUGCUGAAGAGACCAAGAACGCGAGUAUCACUGCCGCUCGCGGAAUUUUUACUUCAGCUGGUGCUUCCGCAGCUAUGGGAUUCCCCGUCGUCAUACUGUUCUUGUUCUGUCUGCCCGAUUUGACAACGCUAUAUAGCCUGGACGCGCCUCAGCCUUUCGUCAGCAUCUAUGCUCUCAGCAUGGGUCGGGGCGGGCACAUUUUCAUGAAUGUGGUCUGCAUCCUGGGACUUAUCUUCAAUGCUACAGUCGCUGGUGUCGCAAGUUCCCGUCUUAUCUGGGCCGUUGCGCGAGAUGGCGUCCUUCCUUUCUCAGGCUGGAUAUCGAAAGUAUCGGAGAAGAAAGAGCCCAAAAACGCGAUCAUUGUCAUGCACGCAGUUGCGGCUUUGCUAUUGUGCACCAUUCUAGCAUCGCCGGUAGCCUUCACCUCUCUCGUCAGUGCUGCUGGCGUCCCAACCAUCACAGCUUAUGCUCUGAUCUGCUUCGGUCGCGUAUUCCUUACGCCGCACAGCUUCCAGAAUGCUAGAUGGUCGCUCGGCAAAUGGUCCAGACCAAUGAACUUCAUUGCGUUGAUCUGGAACUUAUACUUGGCAUGUGUGCUUUUCUCGCCGAUCGUGUUUCCGGUCACGGCAGAGUCGUUCAACUACUCUCCAGUCAUUUUCGGCGCCAUCACGAUAUUCGGCAUCGUGACUUGGUGGAUAAUCCCUGAGGACAGAUGGCUGCCGUAUGGUCGUCUUGGCCGCAUCCAGAGUAUCGACCAGCACCAAUGAACCACAUGGCAUUUUAGAGCAAGAUCAUCUUGGGAUUCGGAGCAUGGGCAAUAAGACUGCGGAACGGAUUCGAAUACCAUACAAACACCCGAGCACAUCGAAGACGUCACACAGGGCGCAAGCGAUGAUCCAAAAAUAUUAUCACAAGCAUAGAGGUAUAUACUCUGCAACAACUGACUGCAUUCGCAAUUGUUUCAGCG